UGCAACAAAGGUGUGGCAUUAAUAUAAGAUAAUUUUAGAAUUGCGUCCAUUUGCGGAAUAUGUACGCAUUAUUAUAUAAGUAUCUAUCGUGAAUCGAACUAGCAGUUUAGUAUAAUUUGUAGCAACUUAGUGAAACAUUUGUAGUAUAAUUUGUAGCAACUUAGUGAAAAAGAUAUUUAAAUAUUUCAAGAAAGUAUAAAUACGGAUGGUGCGCACAUAAAGCGAUAUAGAGUUAACAAAGUAAAGUUUUCCACGAUGGCCUGGUUGAUCUCAUUUACCUUGAUCUUCCUGAUCUGUGGGAACGUAAUCAACGCAUACCCGAUGCCCAAACAAGUGUUCACACGACAACGCUUUUACUGGAAGUUGCGACGACAAUUGAUGAUGGAUGAAAAGCGACAUUCCUUGGGUGGCGAAUUGAAACUCAACCCCGCCGAAUUUAUUGCGAAUCGGGUUCUGAUGUCAUUCAAAAAUCGAGAAAUAUAUGAUGGGUUUAAAAAUAACACCUUUUUACCAUCGCGCAACUUCCUGGAAGUGAUAUCAAAAAUUGAAAAAUCCGAGGUAUUCAAGAUCCUACGUGAAAUGCCCAAAGGCGCCGUUCUCCAUGUUCACGAAUCCUCCAUCGGUUCGCCCGAUUAUAAGCUCAAUAACGUGAGCUAUCGUGAAAAUUUGUACGUAUGUGAUCAAAACGACAAUUUGCAACUUAAGUUUUUCGAUAAUCCUGAUAAAACAUGCGACUGGCGAUUGCUGAGCGAGAUACGACAGGAUACAGAACAAGCCGACGCGAUCAACAAAAGAAUUAGGCGAUCGUUGACCAUGAUCGUGGAAAAUCCAAAAAACGUUUAUGACACCGUCGACAAAGCAUGGGAAAAGUUCAAUAGUAUUUUCACAUUUAUGCAUUCCUGGCUAUCCUAUCGACCUGUCUUCGAAGACGUUUAUUACCAUGCACUAGAGGAGUUGUAUGAAGAUAAUGUGAUGUACUCGGAGAUACGGUCAACACUAUCGUCAAUAUACGAUUUUGAUAGAGUCUACGGAACGCUAGAAAUGACAGGAAUUCUCAAGAAUGUUACCGAUAGAUUUCUACGGGACCAUCCUGAUUUCCUUGGCGUUAAGAUUAUAUAUGCGCCGAAGCGAUCCAUCAAUGAAACGGAAGUAAAUGAAUAUCUGAGAACGCUGGUGCAACUGAUAGAACUCUAUCCGAACUUUGUAAUAGGUUUUGACUUGGUCGGCCAGGAAGAUAAAGGAGAACCUCUCAUAAAGUUUGCUAAUCAAUUAAACAGCGUUAAUCUAAAUAUUAAAUUCUUCUUCCAUGCCGGAGAGACCAAUUGGAACGGAAUAUCUACUGAUUCCAAUCUUUUCGAUGCUUUGUUACUCAACACUAAACGUAUCGGUCAUGGAUAUGCAUUGACAAAACAUCCACUUUUAUGGAAACUUGUGCAGCAAUUGAAUGUUGCGGUAGAAAUUUGCCCCAUCUCGAAUCAAGUUCUCAGUCUUGUGCAAGAUAUGCGGAAUCAUCCUGCAACCGCUUUAUUCGCAUCGGGUUCGCCCAUAGUGAUUUCCAGCGAUGAUCCCGGACUUUGGGAUGUUAAAGGACUCAGUUACGAUUUUUAUGAAGCUUUUAUGGGUCUCAUGAGCGCCAACUCGGAUCUCAGAAGUCUCAAACAAUUGGCAAUUAACUCGCUGAUCUAUAGUGGCAUGAAUGACCAAGAAAAGAAUUAUGCAUUGGCCCAAUGGCAGGCCAAGUGGGACGCUUUCGUGAACAAGCUGGCUUGUUCGAAACACAAAUCUUCAUGACAAUAGAUGGAAAAGAUUAUUUGGGCCUCUUCUUCCCAAUAUAUAUAAUCAGUAAGAUAAAAAGAUAUAUUUUUGAUAAAAUAA